GAUCCUUCCGGCUUUUUGGGCCUGUUUGGCCGCUUUUCCACCCCGACGCGGGCUUGCUUCCUGCUCUCCGAGGGUGCCUUGCUGGCUAGCUGCUUCUUGGCUUGCCUCCUACCAGCAGAGCUUGCGCCGCCCCUGUCCUGCUGCAGAAGCCAUCAGAAGUUCCAGGACGAGGAUGAAGAAGGCUCACCUCGCACCGUCGUGGGCGGAGGCGCCGGUGCCUCUCCGCUGCGAGUGGCCUGGACGCAGGCCGUGAGCCUGCUGAGCGAUCGUGGCUUGUGGUUCAUCGCAGCGUGUUCGACGGCUUUGGUGGGCGUGAAGGCGCAAUGGCAUCACAUGAACGCGACGAUGCCCAAGUACUUGGUCAGAGAGCUGGGCGAAGAUGUGCCUUGGGGAUCUGUGAAUAGCAUCAACUACUGGAUGUGUGCGCUCCUGCCGCCCCUCAUUACCGUUGCCACGGCCAAGUGGAGGAACUUUUCUGCCAUCCUCUUCGGCAGUGUCGUGAUGUCUCUGUCCCCGGCUUUCAUGAUCUUCGAGGUCUCUGUGCGUGCCACCUGCGCCUGGCUGAUAACGAUGAGCAUCGGGGAGGUGAUUUGGAGCCCUCGCUUCAACACGUUCUCCGCGAACCUCUCGCCGGAUGGCAAAGAGGGCGCCUUCAUGGUCCUCGCCUUUACUCCACAGUUCCUGGCUGCCCUGCCCACGGGUUGGCUCUCGGGCGUUCUGCUGGCAAACUAUUGCCCGGACUGCCCCAGCUGUCGAGAGCCGGGGACGGGUGCCUUCUGCCGCUACGACUGCAAGGCUUCGGGCGCUCCGGUGCCUUGCAAUGGGACUGGGCCAGAUGCCCUCUCCUGCUCCUCGCACAGAACCCUGUGCGCCGCCGCCGCGCAGUCGGGAAGCUGCCCGAGCAGCUGCCGGGAGUGCACUGGCUGGCCGGAACGGGCGGAUGGACCCACCUUGUGGAUCUGGGUCACCUUGGCCUCGAUCCUUGGGCCGAUGCUCCUCCUCCUGCUGAAGACCAUGUCCCUGGAUAUCUCUGCCUCCGCCAAAGAGCGCAUCUAUGCCGCAGCGGAGCGUGAGGGCGAUGCCAGCGAUGGCGAGGAGUUGGCGACCAAGCCGUCGGCCACAGUCCUGGGGGCAGCGAGCCCCGAAAGCGAAGCACCUCAGCUAAUCGCAAGGGUGGGUGGCACCACCUACGUGGAUGCCACAAACGGAGCCGAGCCGACCAGCACCACCUUCACCGUCACCGGCUUGACGCUGGGCUACUACUACCUCAUCCAGGUGGCGGCUGCAAACCGAGCCCUGGACACGAACCCCCUGACGGACCUGGUGCCCAACUAUGUGGAGGCCGGCUUCUACGCGGCGGCGGCUCCGGAUCCGCCGGGCGCUCCGUCCGUGGUGGCCUCCACGCGCACGAACACUGGGCUGCAGGUCUCGUGGACGGCGCCGGUCAGCUCGGGUGGUAUUCCCGUGCUUGGGUACAAGCUCUACAGGGACAAUGGUGCCAACGACCCCAUCGACAUUUUGCUGUGGAACGGCUAUGGCCAACCGGACGUUCUGUCCUUCACCGUCACGGGACUUUCAGGCGGCCUGCUCUAUCGCUUCGCUGCCACGGCUCUGAACUCCGCCGGCGAGUCCCUGCAGUCGGACAUCACCGUGGUGGCCGGUGGCACCGAGCCUUCCCAGAUGAACGCUCUGGUGCGCGAUACCACCGUGAACCGCACGGCUACGUCCGUAGCGUUGUCCUGGACUGCUCCCACAAACAAUGGAGGCUCUCCUGUGACAGGAUACAUCGUGUCCUAUGACGACGGUGAUUACACUGACUUCACAAGCAACAGGACGCAGAUCACCAUGGAUGGCAACUGUUCCAGUACCUUCAACUUCGGCAAGUUCAUCCGCUUCGUGGUCUAUGCGGAAAAUGCCAUUGGCCUCUCAGAGGCAAGCCCGGUCUACCGGACGCAGGUCUGCGCGCUGCCGGAUCCCGUCGACAGCUUCACCGCCUCCGAUCACACGGACAACUCUGUGAAGCUGACCUGGGUGCCGCCCUCCAACACAGGCUGCAUCGGCUCCCUGAUCACCGGCUACAAGGUCUACAUGCGACAGGGUGCCAACCCUUACUCCCUGAUUCACGACGGCGGGCCGGCGGUCCUCACCCACUUGCAGCAGGGACUCGCUGCAGGGCUGACGUACGGCUUCAUGGCGAGGCGCCCAGGAGCCUCCCGGGAGGGAGGGCCCCCUUGA